UCGGGCCGUCGUCGUGCGCGUGGGGCCGUGUGGUACAGUAACUCAGUUACUGCAAGCAGGGAGCGCGCCGGUCGGGGACGCAGCCAGCAGCAGCGACAGCACCCCUCGCUGCUCUUCGCCUCCGAUUCGGCGUUCGCGUGUGGCUGCGGCGACGCGGGGAGAGGUGCGCUUGCACUGCACGGCGCGCGGGGCAUGAACCAGGAGUGACCGCCGGAAUACGACUCAAGGCGCGGGCGGUGCGAUGACGAGCACGGAGGAGAAGAGCGAGGACAAGAAGGAGAUCGAGGACGAGGAGCGCGAGAAGAUGCUGAACGCGGAGAACGCGCGCGAGUCGCAGGCGCCCGGGGCCGGGUCGCCGGGGGCGGCGGGCGACGCCGCGGCGGGCGACGCCGUGGGCGACGGCGUGGGCGUGGGCGUGGAGCGCAAGGACGGGGCGCUGCCGUCGGCGCCGCGCCAGGGCGAGGUGGAAAAGAUGAAGAAGGCGCUGGAGGAGUCGGAGAAGGACGCCGGCAAGAAGAAGAUUCCCAUCGGCGGCAUCCGCAUCCCGGGCUUCCUGCGCAGCCGCUCGCGAGAGAAGAACAACAAGGAUGGGGAGAGCGAGCAGGAGGAGGAGAACAAGGACCUGCUGGGCGACGCGGCCCACAACGCGCAGAACGCGCAGGACAAGGACUCGAUGCACGACGGGCAGACGCCGCCGACCAAGCGGCUGCCGGCGCUGAAGCUCAUCCCGAACCCGUUCAAGAAGGGCAAGGACGUGGAGAUCGGCCAGGCUGGACUGGCGUCCAUGGAGACACUGGACGACAAGAGUGCGGCAGACACAGCGGAAGACGGGAUGGAGAGCGUCAAAUUGGACGUUGAUGAAAAAGACGGCGAGAAGGCGCAGGAGGCGCUCGGCAAGAACGAGUGGCAAGAGCGCAUCCGCUUCGUCAUCAAGUACCGCCUCAUCAUAGGGCUGGUGGCGGCGUUCGUGAUCCUCGUGAUCGCCAUCUUCUGGAUCGCCUUCUCGGGCUCUCGGGCGUCGCCCGCGCCCACCCGCCCCAAGAACCUCAUCGAGGCGGUCACCAACUGCGGCUUCGUCGAAGGGGUGCGCGAGCAGGGCGCGUACGCCUUCCGGGGCAUCCCGUACGCGGCGCCGCCCGUGGGCGAGAACCGCUGGCGGCCCGCGCGGCCCGUGCAGAGCCUGGACGACUGCUGGAACGGCACGCUGCAGGCGCACAACGCCACGCCCGCCUGCUGGCAGCUGCAGCCGGACGGCGGCUGGGACGGCGACGAGGACUGCCUCACGCUCGACGUCUUCACGCCGCACGUCGACUACGGCAAGCCCCUGCCCGUGGUGGUGAUGGUGGGCGCGGAGACGCUGCUGGGCGGGUCGCCGGGCGCGCUGGUGCCGGUGGCGAAGCUGGCUCGCGACCGCGAGAUCGUGUUCGUGCGGCCCAACUUCCGGCUGGGCGUGCUGGGCUUCCUGGCGCACGACGCGCUCACCAAGACCACCUACCCGUACACCUCUGGCAACUACGGGCUGUCGGACGUGCUGGCGGCGCUCACCUGGGUCAAGCUCAACAUCGUCAACUUCGGCGGCGACCCCAAGGCCGUGACGGUGCUGGGCCACCGCGCGGGCGCCACGCUCGUCUCGGCGCUGCUGCCGUCGCGCGCCGCGCAGAAGGAGCCGCUCUUCCAGCGCGUCUGGCUCACCAGCGGCGCCGCCACCUUCCCCGGCAAGCCGCUGAUGGACUCGUCGAGCGCCAACCGGCGCUUCGUGAACAACGUGGCGGCGUGCAGCGAGGUGCAGGAGGACGACGAGCGCCUGGCCGCGUGCCUGCGCGCACUCGACGCCCCCGCGCUGCUGGCGGCGCUGCCCGACGCGUGGCGGCCGCAGCCGGCCGAGCUACCGCUGCCCGGCCAGGCCCCGCCGCACGAGUGGCUCGUGCUGGACGGCGUGCUGCUGCAGCGGCACCCCUUCGAGGACUUCCACAACACCACGCUGCCCUUCCAGAUCGUCAUCGGCACGACGCAGCACGUGGCGGCGACGGCGGAGCUGCGCAAGAAGUACGAGGAGUGGGCGUCGAGCGGCGAGGACGGCGCGCGGGCGCAGGUGCUGCAGUGGCUGACGCAGCUGGUGAACCGCACGGUGGCGGAGCAGGCGGUGGCGCUGUACAACGGCACGUCGUGGCCGGCGUUCGCCGCCAUGGUGUCGGACAUCCGCACCGUGUGCCCGCUGCUGGACAUGGCGCGCCGCCUCGAGCGCUCCUCGCCCGUCUUCUACGUGGCGACGCAGGGCCGCGGCGACCCCGAAGUGGCCGACGCCGCGCUCGACGCCGAGGCCAUCACGGCGCGCUUCCGGCCGCUGUCGCCGCAGCAGCGCCGCUACAUGACGGCCAUGCAGUCCUUCUUCUACCCGUUCGUGGGCAUGGGCACGCUCAAGCGCGACACCGCCGCCGGCACGGCGUCGGUCGUGCUCAUCGGGCAGGACGCCAACCCCAGCCUCAAGUACCCCAACUGCGACCUGUGGCUGGCCGCCGACGUCGUGCCGCGCUACGCCCGCACCGACUGAAGCGCCGCGCGCGCGUCCGUCGCAUGCGACCGUGCCCUGCGACAGGUACGUCCGCGAGAACACGCCGGUGGAGCCACUGCCAGCCGCUUGGCUCUCCCUCUGUGUUGCACACGCCCCGCGCAGCGUUCCCUCCCCCGCCGCCACUCACUUUUACUACUCUCUUCUCAUUUGGUUUCGUUUUCAUUUGAAAAUUAGAACCAUAAGAACCAAAGUUGGCUCUCUAGCAACUUUGGUUAAUCCAUUCUCAUUAAAAUGGCUUGCCCAUAUUUUCCUUUCGUGAACUGAUCUUAAGAGUGGGAAAAAUACCACAGUCUUUGAUUUUCAGAUGGUUUUGCUGCAUAUGUAAUGUAUUGCUACUUCACUUCAGAUGACCAUGCUUUGGUCUCACAAUCUGUCUCUUUGAUUCUCUGUUCCUCACAAACAGAAUUCUGAUGUGUAGAAACAUCAGAAUAUACUAAAAUCUGUCAAUAUAUUCACUGUAGCCAAUAAUUGAAGGUCUAUCAAAAGAUAUAUUACACAACGUAUUUGUCAUGUUUGGUGUAAAGUCGAUGUUAUGUCACAAUUCAAUCGAGUCAUUUAAUUUGCCAGAAAUUAAGUGCUAUAAGUUCUAAAUGUGUCAAGUUAUACACUGUAUAGAAUAGUACCUUGAUUGUCGAUAAAAUUAAAUACUAGCAAUUUCUUUAGUAGGCUUGAGUAAAUGUGUAAUGAACUAUGUGCAGAUACAUUAUCUCUUCCUUUGUCGUAUUUUGUGUAUGUUAAAUGUGUGUAAUAGUUUCAGGUUAAAUGUAUUGACAGAGAUUUAACAGAAAAUCCCAAAGCCACUUUGAGGCGUGGCUAUUACUUGGGAGAUCAUCUUCUCUGAAAAGUUAACUUAUUUAAUUUUUAGACAAUGAGACUGUGUGAGACCAUUUGCCAGAUUGCUGACAGUAUGAUAGUUUGAUUUUUGAAGAAAAGUAUUGAACUUAAUUUUAGAUGCAAUACAGCAUGGGAGUGGAAUGAUUGUGUACAUAGAUGGUGUGUGUAAUAGUUACUGGGAGUAAAAAGUUUGAUGUUGUAAAGUACUUGUAAAUGUAAAUUUCAUCCUCUGGUGAUACAAAAUUGAAAUGUGUACAACAUAAAAUGUUAUUUUCUUAAUUUUAUGUGUCACCAUUUUGGAAGAUGGAAGUACUUUCAAUCACAGCUACUUGUUCAGCUGCCUCAUGCCAAUUAAGAAAUGUCCAAAGCUUCAUUAGUGUUUCGUUACAAAUAGAUGAUGUAAAUCCACUAAAAUAAUCAUUUAUAAUGAAGUCAUCAAGAGAAUAUGGGACACUGUGUUUGCUGUUAGAGGAGAAGACUAUAAGCAGAAUAACUUUAUGUUGAAUUGUAUACAAUGCCAUUCUUUGUGUGUAUGUUUACUCUGGGCUUCACAGUAGGUAGGAGCAUAUGAAGAAAUGAUGAUCGAUCCGUAUGACUAGCAAGGCCAGUUGGUUGGUCACCAUUGUGAUGCCAAUGUAGAUGUUAGGCAAAGAAAGAAGGUAUAAAGUUAUUAUUAUGAGAGCUACAGAAACAGAUGAUCCUAGAUCAGAAAUUGUUGGUACAUGUCUAUCAGAUAGAAAGGGGAAAAUGAUAUGGGACUUGUUGAGUUGUAUCUGCAUGGAAUGUGGCAAAAUGUAAGUAAAUGUUCGUGUACAUAAUGAAUAAUUUUCACCGAAAAUGCUUAGACUGGCAACACUGGGGCUUUUUCCAGACCAUUGCCCAGG